UAAUUUAGAAAUAAUACUUUGUGUGAAUACGAUAGUAAAACUAAUAAUGGACUUAUAGAAAAUGAACUAGGACUGACACGUUUUCUAUAGUUUGGCAUGGAUAUUAAUGUGGUACAAAUUAAAAUAUAUCUGAUAUAUUUUUGACUCAGUGGCAUGUGACAGAUAACCUAAGUGGAUUUAACUUGUAAUUAAAAUCAGUGAAAACAAGAAACUUUUUGAUAUUUUUAAGUGAAUUAAGUGCAAAAUGCAACAGAUAUUAAAUGCCAGUCCUAUUCUCGAUAAAUUAAAGCAUUUUCAACAAGUAUUAUCAUAUAGAAUUCAGCUGACAACAUCACAAAAGGUUAUGCUAUGGAGCUUAGGAGUGGUUGGUACAAGUGCAAUGGUGGUAGGCAUCCUUUCAAGAUAUCUUGCAAGAAGACGUGCAAAACCAAUUUUUAAUCCAAGGAUACAAAGGGCAAUAAACAAAAGACUGUCAAGGAUGAGAAGUCCUAAUGGAGGUAUGGGAUCUGUUGCAAGCAGUGGGGGGCGCAGUAGUCCACUGGGCUUCAGCGAGAGGCUUUCAAUGGCAUCUGGGUCUAUUGGUUCUGGUGGUGAUGCUGCAUCUCUUUCUCCUCAGCAGCUUGGAGUAAUGGGUAUGGAGGCGCUGGAAACGAGCAUCAACUACUGGGAGGACGCGCUGGCCGCGUUCAGCGCGGGCGCGCGCGGCGGCGUGUCGGGCACGCUCGCGCUCACCUCGCCCGAGGAGGCCGAGUUCUGCAGGGAGAUACAGGACCUGCUGCAGAACGCUUACCUCUUGCAGGAGAGAUGCGAGUUGCUCUUCUUAGAUCAGCGAUCAGUGCUCUUUAGGUCUGAAAGUGGGGGGCCGGGGGGAGAUGGCUCCGUGGGCCGACGCACGCGCCUGCUUUCUUCGCACACUACAUCGGAGCACACGAGGAAGGAGCAUCACUCUAGUGCGGAAUCGUUUGCUUCAGCUGAAGAUCAGGUCGCAGACUUGAGAGAAUUUGACGAUUUAGCAGAAUCCGUAGCCGAAAUAGAAAAUUAUGAACUGUAUCAAAUGGCUGUCAAACAGCUAGAAGGUGGAAUACCUUACAGAACGCUCCGCACGGAGGUGGUGGGCUGCGGCUCGGACGCCGAGUUCCUGUGCAAGCUGUGGUGCCUGCGCGCCGCCUUCCAGCGCGCGCUGGGCGCCGCCGACGUGCGCGCGUGGCUCGUGGACGCCGGCCGGCAGGUGCUCACCGACCUGCUGCUCUUCGCGGACAAGGAACCGAAAGAAUUUUUAGUUGCAUACGAAGAAAUGGUUUCAUGGACGAGCGACGUCGCAAACUGGCAUAAUAUUGAAAGCGAACUGAGGAGUAAAGGAGUCAAGGUGGUGUCGUUCUACGACGUGGUGCUGGACUACAUCCUGCUGGACGCGUUCGAGGACCUGGCGGCGCCGCCCGCCUCCGUGCUGGCCGUCGUGCGCAACCGCUGGCUCUCCGACGGGUUCAAGGAGAGCGCGUUAACGACAGCCGUUUGGUCGGUGAUAAAAGCGAAGAGACGGUAUCUUCAGUACCCGGACGGGUUCAUGUCGCAUUUCUACUCCAUAUCGGAGCAUUUGUUGCCGGUACUCGUUUGGGGCUUCCUCGGACCUCGCGAGCGACUAAAAGUCGUUUGCGAGACUUUCCAAGCGGAAAUCGUUGGCUUCAUAUCAGAUCUAUUUAGCUUCCAGAAGUGUCGAUACACGAAUGUCGAGGACUUGUCGGUGGAUAUCAUGCAGCACGCACGCACACGGGCCGCCAACAUCACGGACAAGCUGGCCGAACGGAACUGAACAGUCUGAUGCUUAUGGCCCAGCCCGUUCUUCGCUUGUAUUAACAAUAUUCUAGCAAAUAUUGUCAACUUUAAAGGCGUUCUUUUGCUAACGACAUCAUUUUUUUGACACAUCAAAAGGGUUUAGCGCGUUUUACACACUAAGCCUUUAUCUUGGCCACUUAAACGCUAUCUAAAUCUUAACUCAGUACAGCAGCCGCUUUCACGUCCAGCAUGGCCGCCGGCAGGUGAUGUAUUCAAUGUACUCCUCAAUCAUUUUCUACUGCUACGUACUAAAUGAACUAUUUGGCGUUAAUACUAUAUUGUAUUAUAUACCUAAAAGUGUAAUGCCCUUGAACAUAAUUCUGUCGGCGCACAUGUCAUCCACUGUGUCUAGUUAACUCAUAUUUAAUCAUAAUGUAUGUUAUACAUUAAUGCUGACAUAAGACAUAAUUUUUGAUGAGAUAAUUAUAGCCGAGUCCUACACUGUUAUUACCAGUAACCUUGGUGCAGGUGGAACAGAAGAGAAGUGAACUAAACUAAUUUGACAGCGCACAGACAAUAUUGCCAUCUCUUUCUCUUAACACCAAAAGUAUUCAAGUCCUGUCAAAUUCAUUCAGAGAAUGUUUACAUAAGUGAAAAUAUUCAAAAAUGUCACACUUUCGCCAAAGCCUAUCGUUAGAUUCAAUCAAUAGUAUAGUUAUCCAAUAAUAAAUGGCAUCCAGAAUUCUAUAAAUAAUUUAAAUAAAACUAAGACAAUACUUAAAUAUAUAGUAAUCGCAAUAAAGUGACAUUCCGGAUGCAAUUAAUGAAUAAUUAUAAGCCCUUGCUUCGAUGUUAACUGUUAAUUGCUCGAUUGACGUAAUAUAAAGGUGACUUAGUAAUUUUAAUUGCAUUUAUUUGUAAGAUAAAGUGACUUUCGUGUCCCGUGAAGUAUUUAUAAAAUCAAUAAUAUUUACAAUAGUAUACAGUUAUAAUUUAGAAUCGUAAUGGACAAAAUAUGAAACUUGCCAUGCAUAUUAAAAAUUGUGUGCCAUUGUAAAAAAGUUUAAUUUGUAAUAUUGAAGAAUAAAUUAUUAUUAUUAACAUUUAUAAAAUGUAUCAAACGAGUAUCAAUUCUGCGUUAGAUAAAUUGUUCGAUAGCUACUAUGUAUAUCUAUGGAUCAUUAUUGUUAUGUUUCGUGGUUAAGUAAUUCCAAUCUUAUUAGAUUUUGUUUGCAUCUGUGCAAACAUAUUAGCAUAGCUGUAGUGCAAAUAUUAUUAUUCGCUCCUAAAUCAAAUAAAAACAAUAGUAAAUAAAUUAUAAGUUUUAUAAACAAUGUAUAGAACAAAUCGUAGAAUUUAAUUAUCAAAUAACGUCUGAAAUGUAAAACGUUAUUUACAUUUAAUUGUUAUUAGGUAAAUUUAUGUUUUUAUUUGUAUUUUAGGGGAUUACCGAAAUAUUUGUUUGAAAAGAAGUUCUCAAGAAAGAUAUAUAUUUAUUUUUUCUCUCUAACUGCGAAUAAGUGAGUCGGCUGUGUAUAAACAUAGACCGUUAGUGUUCUAUUUAAAUAUUCUAUCAUGUAUUCCCGUCGACAUCAACAUGGACGUACGCCCAGGUAGGGGCAGGAUAGACAGUACUCAUUUUUAUAACCAUAUUAGCGAUCAAUAAACUAUAUUUCAUUUUUUUUUUCAAGUAAACGUAGGACAAAAUGUAAUAGUGAAAUUUCGCGAAGAAUUUUGUCAUCAUGUUUAGCAUUCGAGGCCCUCCCAAUAAUAAUAUACUGAGGACACCAAUGGAUUCACUUUAUUUGUAAUUUCAGAAAGGAAAUACUUAUUUUAUAAUUUAUCGCUUGAAAUGGUUGUAUUAAUUUAGUACAUGAAACUAGCAUUUCUUUAUAUAUAUAUCAGAUCGCACGGGGAGAGGUUUAAUUAUUGAAAUUUCGUUUACUAUAAUUAUGAACUGCAGGAGUAUGAAUGUUGUACAGCAUAAAAUUUUAUUUAUUUUGUAAAUAUAUUUAUCAAUUAUAUCUUAUGAGUUUAGUUUUUUUGUCUUUUUUUACCUUAAUAAAGUACUUAUUUAUUUAUUAUGAACACCUAAAAAUGUUUUAUGUUUUGUUUUCGUCUUGAAACAUGUUGCAUUGUAAUUUAUUUUCUUACAACUGAGACAUUUCGUGUAGUCAGCUUCAUAUAUAAUG